UUUGCUCCCGCUUCCACCCGCCGCGCCGCCCCCGCUUUAUCGCUCGCAUUAACGUCGGCUCUUGGAGAAUGGUAUUUGUGCGUGAAAUUGUAUUAUUUUUUGUGUGAACAAGUGCAUAAUUCUAAUGCCGAAAUCUUUAUCCAGAAUCCAUUCAUGUAGAUGUCUAAUUAGCAAGUGUUUGUGAUUCAAUAUGAGUGGUGUAAAAGGUUUUGUGUGUCGAAAAAUUCGGCUGUGACAGGCAGGGUGGUAUCCUGAGGAUAUUGUUUCAUUGUGCUGUGCAAUAAUGGACAGGCUUCCCGCUAAACUCGUUGGAAUUUAAAACAUUUGGUCCCAACCGGCAUGGAUGAGGGCUUGCUCAACGACCUUCUAGAAUGUUCUGUGUGCCUGGAGCGGCUCGACACCUCCUCCCGGGUCCUGCCGUGCCAGCAUACCUUCUGUCUCAAAUGUUUGAAGGUGAUAGUUGAGUCGCACAAAGAGUUACGAUGCCCGGAGUGCCGUAUCCUGGUGGAGGCGAAGCUGGAGGAGCUGCCUCCGAACGUCCUCCUCAUGAGGAUUCUGGAGGGCAUGAAGAACUCCGCCCCAAGGAAGAUAUCCACCGGGCAGAGGACGCAGAGGACACAUUUGCAGCAAGUUGGCGGGCAGGCACGUGACGGCAAACAGUUGCCGCCCCACGCCCGUGCGUUGUACGACUACAUCUCCAAGGAACCGUGCGAUUUGUCCUUCAAAAAAGGGGAGACAGUACUCCUUCAGAAGAAAUUGGACCCUUUCUGGUACCAAGGAGAAUGUUCCGGCAGGACCGGAAUGUUUCCCAUCACAUAUGUCCAGGUGGUCGUACCGCUUCCCUCCCCAACAGCGUUGUGCAAAGCGUUAUAUGACUUCCGAAUGUCCGCGCCCGACGAAGAAGGCUGCUUGGCUUUUGACAAAGGUGCAAUAAUAACUGUGCACCGGCGCGUGGACGAGAACUGGGCCGAGGGGCGUUUGGAGCAGCGCGUGGGCAUCUUCCCCAUAGCGUUCGUCGAACUCAACCAGUCCGCCAGACAAUUGAUGAACAGCCCGCCCGUGAACCGUUUGGCGCCUCCAGUGCCCGCGGAGCUGGCCCGGGCUGGACAGUCUGAACACAGGCAUCACGGACAGCACUCCCAUCGCUACCAACAGAUGACGAUGUCCACACCGAGCAGCGUCCAGGGGAACUACCAGAACGUGGUGGCCAUGAGCCAGUCGCAGCCCAGCUACCACGGGAACCCCCCGGCCGCCCCCAGGACCGUGGGGGAGCCCGCCAAACACUCGCUGGACCUCAUCCACUUCACCAACAUGCAUAUCAAGGCGCACCAGGGCACUGUGGGAGUCCAGAGCGUGUCCAGAAUACCCGAGAACUACGACAGGUUGCGCACGGCCAAAUACGAGUUCAACUCCACACCGGUGCACAAAGUGGAGACUUACCAGAACGUGCGAGCUGAACACUUUCCCGCGACUGUCGCUAAUGUGUCUUCGGACUCGAGUUCCAGCAUGAACACGCCAUCUGUCGGCGUCAGUUCGACAACUACGCCCAACACUAGCUCCGAUACUAGCACGUGCGAGAGCGCCGAACCAAGCUUACCCAGUUCGCCAGAUAACAACACGGAGAGGAAUCAAACAGUCGUAGCUCAAAAUCAAGAGGAGGAAACCAAUAAUGAAGCGGAAUCUUCGCUUAAUGCUUCCAUGGGAGUGUUAAGUUUGAAUGAGAGUUCUACAGCGACGAAUACGUCGUUGAAUGUUAGUCUGCCGCCGGCGGAGAGUCCAAAAUUGAACGCGUCCGUCGCUAGUAACUCGUCGCAGACUCAAACGGAAAAUCAGGAAGGUGCAAGCAAUAAUGACACUAGAUUGGAUGUUCCAUCUUCGUCUAAGAACUUGAGGAGUAGUGGGCCUGAUUUCCAGUUGCUCAAUUUCGGAUUGAGAUUGCAAGCGAUGCUGUCGCCCUCCCACGGGGAAGACGGGAACUAUGCGUCGUCGAGGGGUCACAGGGAACACCACAGAGACAAAAGACACAGUUUGACGCCGGCGACGCAUUUGCAGGGGGAUCGGAGUUCACAAAACAGGCACUCGGCGGAGAUAGUGGCCACAUCGCUGCUGGCGCGCACGCCGGAGCGGCGCGGGCGGCGCGCGCGCAGCAGCGAGCGCGCGCUGCCGGCCGCCUACGUGGCGCUGUACCCCUACCGCCCGCAGAAGCCCGACGAGCUGGAGCUCAGGAAGGGCUGUAUAUAUACUGUGACGGAGCGCUGCCGCGACGGCUGGUACAAGGGUUGCGGCGAGCGAUCGCAGCGCUGCGGCGUGUUCCCCGGGAACUAUCUCACUCCGCACACGCCCUCUGCGGCUCACAGGCACAACCACAAGCAGGCGACGGUAACGGCGGCUGUCUCGAAACCGGUGACGUCAUCGUCCGGGGCCGCGAGCAGCAACAACGCAUUGCCGCCGCCCGACGCGCCGCCCCGGGCGCAGUCACCUCUAGCCAUUGGUCAACAACCCCUGACCUACCCGUGGAACUCGCAAUCGGCCCAGCCUCAACAAAGCACGCCCAGAUCUGAUAAAUCAAAGGAGAAGUCGAAAGGCGAAAAGUCUUCUAUAUCCACCGGGGUCAGUCUCAUGAAGAAAUUGGCAGCGAUGAAGAAAUGCAAAUCGCCUCCACCCUCUGGAUACAGCAUGGACAAUCCGGUGUUCGAAGACGCGCCGGGCACGUCGCUCAUGGCGUCGCUGGCAUUGCAAACGCAACAUCACCCUGUACAUGUGAGGUCUGGCUCGUGCCCGUCUCAGCUUUUACGCGCGCUGCCUCACACCGAGCGCGUCCGCCACAAGGAGAGGCCGGCGCUGGCGUUGCAGGACCACCACGUGCAAAUACGUGCUGCCACCGAAGGCCCGUGGCAGUCCCAACAUCGCAAGUCUCAGUCUCUGGACGUGUCGUCGGCGAAACGCGACAAGCACCACUCGCAGCCGGUCAAAGAGAGAUUCCGUUGCAUAGUGCCGUACCCUCCUAACUCUGAGUACGAGUUGGAACUGAAAGUGGACGACAUCGUGAUCGUCUCGAAGAAGCGGGGCGACGGCUGGUACAAAGGCACCCUUCAACGCACCGGGCGCACAGGUUUAUUCCCGGCGUCUUUCGUGCAAAGUUGCCCACAGGAAUGACAUCGAACCCAGUCAAGAUUCGGGACGAGGCUAUAGCAUACGGCCAUGCGCGGUUAUAACCUGACCUAUCACAAAUCUAUGUGAAUUGUGGUCCAAUUAUAGCUAUAACACUGACUUGUAUGAUACACGUACGCUGGACCAAAUAUUCUUUAUGGAAUCACAGUUUUUGAUCACUAAUAGAAGCGUCCUACACAGUGUUAUCAUCGUUUAUCAUCGUCAUGAUCAUAUCAGCCAUAGGAUGUCCCAAUGUUGAACAUAGGCCUUGUUCAAUCCUCCAUUAUUUCAACCACGCUGACUGGGAACUAAAAAUUACAUUAACUUAAUACAAAUGGCCACAGUGUAGUGAGAAAUUUUGUGCCACAGACGACUGAUUUUCAAAAACAAUAGUGGAAGGUAAGAUUAAUAGGAGAGAGGAAGGCAAAGUAUGAAAUAUUUGGAUCAAAAAUAACAUAAAAGUGAACGCACAAAAAAUAUAGGUACAUAAAAAAAUUAGAGAGAAAAGAAAUAUAUGGCGGCUUGUUUCAUAUAAAUCUAUUAUUAUAUUAUUAUGGGUAUUUUUUACACCACCAAUAUGAAGUCCAGAGUGCAUUAGAGGUCAGUGGAUUAUAGCGAUUUUGAAUAUAUGGUUAUAACCGACGUAUGAAGAUGACGUGACUUAAUUGAGAACCGUUUAAUAAAGUCAGUAAAUUAAACAAAGUGAAGUGUGAUGAACAAUUAAACUCAAAAUAAACAAACAAAAUUAACCGAAAAGUUUCGAAUCUAUAUGAUAGUUUAAAAUAUAUCUAGUGAAGUGAAAAGAUAAACAUGGUGAAGUGAAAGGAUUCUAGUAAUAGUGAAAUACAGUUAUAUUUGACAUGCGUUGUAUGGUAAUAAUCUGUAUUGAAAUCUUUGUAAGCGAUAAUUGAAGUGAUACUUGGUUACUGUGUAAGCUUUAACAAUAGAAAUCACCACCAUUAGAUAAUUAAAAAAAACUGCGUGCGUUGCGACGACGACACAUCAUAGGUACUUGUUGUUUGAAGUACAGUAUAGCGUUUCUAUUUUCUAAAUUACUCAUUCACACUGUAAAACCGUAACUAUUAAGGGAAUUAUCGUUUUUAUGAUGAAUAAAAAUAUUAGUCAGUCAAUUUAAAAGUGAAUUCAUUGAAUCUGUCUCAAAUAAAUACUCUCAUUACAACGGGAUUAAUUAUUGAUAUGGUUAGUGUGAAUUUGUACAGUGGGUGUAACAAUUGUAUAUUGCUUGAAGUGUUAAUAAUAGUAAUUUUAAGGACAAAGCAGGGAGCGAUUCUUGUAUUGCUGCACGCAAUAGGUGCGUUUUAGUCUAGAAUUUAUUUUACAAUUUUCGACCCUGCCACGUAGUUUUAAAUGUAAAUUUUGGAUGGAACAAAGUUUUGGACCAUAUUUCGUUUCUUAAAAUAUACAUAAGCAGUAAAUGAUAACGGUGUUGCCUAAUUGGAGAUUUGAUAGUUUGUUACGGUUUGAUUAUCGUUAUAGUAAAAUGCAUAGACGUAGAAAUAAAGGCGGACGGAGUGGGGCUAAAAAAAAAAGUGAAGCAUCGUAAUGGCCGCGUUGUACGUAUAUCUGAGUGACAGAAAACUUGCCAUUUCGUGAGACAAUCUAUGAUGCAUCUAUGACAUAAUGGCGGCCGACUGAUCGUGAGAUUGUGCGUGAGGCGUGCAUAUAUAUAUAUAUAUAUGCUCGCCUCACGCGGUAUAUAUACAGUGUGUAUAUAUACUAUUGGCGCUUUAUUUUACCGUAUAGUGAAACUCCGUCCGUCGUUUUUUAUGUCUAUGGUAAAAUUAAACCCAACUUUAAUAAAAUUAAACGUGUAUUUUGAAAUCAGCUGGAAAAUGAUCAGUUAGCUGUUGUAAAUAUUUCCACAAAUAAAAUAAUAAUUUUGAUCGAAUUACCAACAAAAUAUAUUCUGAGAACCGAAUUUUGUCUUGCCAUUUUUGAUUUUUCGUUUUUUAGAGUAAUAUUUAGACAAUUUUUAACCAUAUGUAUACACUUACAUAUUUGGUAAACAAAUUUUAGAAUGAAUUUAACUCAGGAUUUUUUAGAAUUUUUUCUACAUAUAUAUCCCUUUUUUUGAUACAGUUUUUAGAACUUGUCAAAAGUUGGUCAUUUUCUCGGUCAGUCAGAAUAUGAAUUAAAUUUUUUUUAUUGUGAUUUCUUGUAUAGAUCAUUUUAACAUGUUGUUUUUAUUUUAAACGUUUCAAUUUUUAUAAAAUUGUAUGAUUGCAUAUUAUUUAUUAAAGAUAAAUGUGACAUUUUAAAUUUGUUUUACCUUAUUUUAAGAAAUGACGAUUUUGGUUGUUCAUUCUCUGUCCAGAGAACCAUACGCUUAUUAUUAAUAAAUUAUGAUUUACUUUUAGGACACUGCCAUAUUAUUAUUUUUAUUGAAAUCGAUUGAGAAAGAACAUUUCUUAAAUACCAAGUAAGUUACGUAAUACAUGAAGGUAAUAUAGAAUAAUAGGAAUAAGAAUAAUUUAAAUAGCUGUAAUGCUAUUAAUGGUCAGUUAUAUACAUUUUACUAAUUUAUUAAUAAAUGAAAUUUGGAAUAUUAAAACAAAAUAUUGAAUUUUUCAUUAGCAAAAUUUUAACAUCUAAUGACAUUUAAGACUGUAUAAGAUAAUUAUCUUUAUAUAUAGGUUUAAUUUUAGAGUAACGACAUUUUAAAUAAGAAGUUAUUUUAGUGAAAUAUGUAACCGUUUUAAAGAAGAAAAUAUUGUGUAUUUUAGGUUCACAGUGUAAAUGGAGGGUUCUUGUGUAGUUUUGCGUACAUCUCGAUUUAAAUUAAAGAAAAUUAAAGUAAAAAGUUCUUUUUCCUAUAAAAAUACAAGCAAUUUUGAAAUAUAAUGAAAUCAAUGCUCUUGCCUAGAAAUUCCCUCCUUUGUAACAUCCUUAUCAUCUUAAUUUCUUUUUUUGUUACUAUAACGUAAUUAAACAACUCCCCUUCAAAAAACAUCUGUCAGAUGUACGCAAAUUAUACUGUUUAAAGCAUUUUCUUCGACUUUCUUUACCUAUAAUUAGAUGUACAUAACUCAUAUUUAUAUGUAUAAUGCUUAACUAUAGUGGUACGUUUUAAUGUCUCAAAUGACUGAUUUUUUUGAACUAUUUAUUUCAUGGGUUGAUGCACUUUGUUACGAUAGCGAUAGUAUCCAUAAUAUUGAUUAUAAAAGUCAUGAUUUUUUUUAGAACAAUUCCAUAUUUCUAUAAAAUAUUAAAUUUGAAUUGAGCUAAACAGCCCAAUCAAAAAUUACUACAAUUGUGUAAAAAUAUCGUAAUAAUAAGUGCGACUUAAAUGUAACUAUCGUUAAUUUUGCAACGCUGUAGUGAUUCCUUUUAGAACAAUAAACAACGAAUUUUCUUGUGAAUUAACUCAUGUUUAACCUGUAAAUUUAUUUAUGAUUAAAUUAAUUUCGGUUUGUCUUCUCCAAUGAAAAGAGAUAAUUAUAUUCGGGGCCAUGAAAUGUGUAAAAAAAAUUUGUAAUUUUAACCUAAUAGUUGAAAGCACUUUAGAUUUGCUCUCAAUAUUUCACUGGGAAAUAUCCUGGAUUUCAUUUAUUUCAAUAGAUUUUUACAAUAUUACCACGUAUAAAAGUUACACAGAUGUACCUGUGUAGAAGUCUUAUUUUUGUAUGGCGCGAAAAUAUUUGAGCGGUUGAGUCUAUGACAGCUCGCCAUUUGCAACCGCGAGCGAGAUAGCAGCAGUCAUUUUGUUUUGGAUUUAAGUUUAAAUGUUCUUGUAAUAAAGUCGUUAUUUCAUUGAGUUUUCAUUCGGUUUGAUUAGGCGGGAUGGUUGGUUUCCGCUAAUCUGGGCCGUCUUAUAUGCCAACGCGACAUUUAUACGUGGUAAUACUAUAAUUUGUUUGACAUAUAAAAUGUUACAAAAUAGGAUAACGGCCCGAUCCAGUUAUAGCUAAAAUUGUUUGUGUGUAUUUUUAUUAAGAAAAUCAUAUCGAACGGUUGAAUUAGGUAAUUUUGGAAAGAAAUAAAGAUGUCUUCGUA